UCUUGAUUCAUUCAUUAAAAAAUCCUACACCAGACUCUUUAUCAAUUCUGCCUCACCCUUACCUUAUCAUUCAAAGACUAGCUAAUACCGAAGUACGCCUUCUACCUUCACGAGCCUACAUGCUCAGAUACCCAUUGGUAUCGUGAUCCUUGAAUGUUUAUAAAAUAAUUUAGAAAGUUUCAUUUAUUAGAACAUAUAAUUAUCCUAGAGUUAUAUUUUUUGCUCGUUUUGGUAGUAAAUAAGUACUUAGAGCUUCGCUGACAUGAAUAUUAUUUUACGCUUGCAUAUUUUGAAGGAUGGAAUGGAACACUAUCAGUUUAUUCUGUUAUGUGACCGGGCAUCCUUCGUUAAUGAUGUGAAGCAAAAAAUCCAAUCUACCUACAAAUCCUUAUAUCCUGACAAAGGGGAUAUUUCUGUCAUUAAUAUUAAAGACGAAGAGAACUACGACAUUCCUAAUGAAUAUUGCAUUGGUGAUAUCUUUCAUGGAAAUUCAAAAGUGCUGGUAGAGUGCAGUUCUACAAACAUUUCUAAUGCUUUUGGUGUUCUUCCAAAAGAAAAUGCUGGUCCAUCAAUAGAAAAUGAAGAUACACACGUGUUGAUAGAUACCGCUGAAAUUGGCAAAACUACAUUACCUCAACAGUUGACUGAAUAUAGUCAACCUUCCUUAAAACGACCAAGAUCUUCAUCGUCGGAACAACCUUCCCAGAAGAAGGUAAAUACAGUUUCCGACGAUGGGAUCGAGUCAUCUGGGUUUGUUUACCGUCCCACUAACGCCCGUGAUUCUAUAUCGUCAGUCACGUCCAUUGGUCACCGAGACGAUUCUUUACAUGUAGAUGAUGAACAACGUAAUAAUGUUAAUCAGCCUAAUCCUGUUUCAGCGUCAAUGGAAGACGCGAGUCCGAAAAGAAAAGAACAUCCGAUUGGGAAAACAUCCCCUUCGAAAGACGAUAACCGGGAAGGGAAUGAAGAAAUGAAAGUUUUAACCGAGUCUCCUAAGAAAGCAUCCCCCAGACAACUAACGUCUUCUCCAACGAAAAAUAAGAAACGUGAUGAUAUAUCUCAGCCUUCCACGGCGAACACUCGCAUAACAAGGUCUUCAAAGCGAUUGGAACAACUAAAGGGACGUAAUGAUGCUCCUACUGAAAAUACCAAUGAUCAGACGACAGAACGGAAGCAAGAACAGGAAGAAUCUUCUACAACCAGCGAAUCUGAAGAGGAAGACGUUGAAGAACCCAGUGUUCUUGCCCCCGAAAUUGUUGUUCACGAAACACCUUCACAUCCUUCCACAGCUGCUCCAUCUGAAGAAGAAGAUAGUAGCUCCGAUAGUGACAGCAUAUCUGGGUCUUCAUCCGUAUCUGUCUCAUCGAGUUCUUCAAAUGACCUUUCAGAGGAAAGUGAUGCUGCCGUUGAAGAAAGAUCGACUUCUCCAAAAGAAAGUGCAUCGAUAGCCCUUUCAAAACAGGCAUCACCAAAAAAGGAAGUUUCUCAAAACAGUGAUGCCAAUGUAACGACUAAUACUUCAAAUGCUAAUAUUCAGGAUUCUGGAAAGAAAUUCAGACAGAUUAGUCAAAAUUCCGAUUCCGAUAGCGAAUCAACUACCGAUUCCUCUAGUGAAUCGGAAUCCGAUUCUUCCAUACCUUUAAGCCAGCGAACCCAUCCUUUGGUCCCUGAACAUAAAAAUGAACGUGUUGAACAAUCCUCUAAACAAUCACCAUCAAAAGUAACGAGAAGUAAAGCUAAUUCUCGAAAACCAGAACCUCAAAGAUCAUUGUCAUAUUCUCGACUUUCAGAACUCUCUAAAACAUUUUCUCCAGAAAUCAAGGAUCCAACACUGAAAAAAGACGAGAAUCAAAAAUCCGAUAAAGGUGAUGAUUCCAAACUUUCGAAGCAGAAAGAACAGCAGUCUUCGGAAAGCGAAGGAGAAAGUGAAGAAAAUGACUCAGAUGACGAAUCUUCUUCAUCAGAAUCUGAUGCUCCUAUGCAAGAAAAGGAAAAUCCUAUUCCAUUAGAAAAGCGUGCAAGUGCUGCAGUGCCUCAGAAGAAACGAGGAAGAGGCAGGCCUAGAAAGAGUACGGGACUUGCUGGUCUAGCCGCUCUUGCGUAAAGUACUAUUUCCGUUGUUGUUUACGUUUCAAUUAGUGUCCUUUUACAUUCGUUUAUAUUUACGAUUCUACAAAUCUCACAAAAUUGCUUAAGGAAUGAACCUUCUUUUAUUGCGAAAUCCCUCUACAAGGUACUAUUGAAUCUUGCUUUUUUAGAAGAUAAAUCGGAAGUAUGCUUAGGCAAGCGACUCUGUAGAUUUCCUAAAUGUGUAUUGUAAAACCAGUGAAUUUAGGAUAAAAAAAGUAAUAAAUUACUAACAAUGUAUAAUGAAUGCUAUGCACCUG